AAUCCCAGAGUAUGACAGAUAAUUGGUCCGCUUCAAAUUAUAAUAAGCACGCUUCUUUUGUUCCGAAGCUCGGCAACAUCAUUCUCGACAUGCUUGAUCCUCAACCCAACGAGCAUGUGCUUGACUUCGGUUGUGGUGAUGGUGUGCUUACGAAGGAGCUCGCUGCUCGUUGUAAAUCCGUUGUUGGUAUUGAUGCCAGUCGUAAAAUGAUUACUGCGGCGAAUGAAGAUAAACCACCCAAUACGGUCUAUUAUACGGUGGAUGGGUAUGACGUGGAUACUUGGUUCAAUCAGACUCAAAAUGUCACUCAUUUUGACGCGGUUUUCUCUAAUGCUACACUUCACUGGUUAAAGCGAGACCCUGUAAAGGUAAUUCGGAACAUCAGACACGUUCUGAAGCCAAAAGGGCGUUUUGUAGCUGAGUUUGGGGGCUUCAUGAACAUUGGAGAAAUUCAAACUGGCUUAAUUACUGCUCUAAAUAAGCGUGGGCAUGAUGGAGCUGCUUAUUCGCCAUGGUAUUUCCCAUCAGCUGAACAAUACAGCAAUUUGUUGACCCAAAAUGGGUUCCAGGUGGUACAAGCCGAAAUAUUUCCACGCAUGACGCUUCUAAACACCGAUAUUGCAGGUUGGAUUGAGAUGUUUGGGUUUGAUUUCCUGAAAGAUGUCAGUCCUGAAGAACGUCUUGAAAUCGCGCUUGAAGUGCAAGAGCAUCUUCGACCUUCUUAUCAAAGAGAAGAUGGCAAAUGGUUUGCAAUGUAUACUCGUCUUCGGGUGAUCGCCCUCAAGAAUUAAUCAUUUUAUUUC